CUCGAGCGGCACGCGGCGCCCGCCGGGUCCUCGCGCGGGCCGGGCGCGCGGCGCGUGGGGCGUGGGGCCACGGCGGCGGCGGCGGAAGGCUCUGCAGGACCGCUGCAGGGCGGCGGUGGCGACGGCGGCGGUGGCGGCGGGCACAUGCGGGCCGAGAGCCCGCAGAGCCCGCUCGCGUCCGCCGAUGCGGCGCGGAUGCGGGCCGUGAGCGCCGACGAGCACUCGUGUGUCCGCACCGCGCCGCAGAAGACGGUUCCGGUGGUGCGGCAGAAGACAGUUCCUGUGCUGCCUGAGCCGCUGGCCGGGGCGGAGAAGGUCGAGGCCGCGACGCUGAAGGACGUCCCUGACGCCGCCGCCCUGGAAGCGUGGCUGAAGGC